GGCAUCACUAGCGGGCGUACGGACACCGCGCAUGCGUGCUGGGAGCAAGCCCUACGAAGGCGCGAACUAUUCCGAGUUUAUUUUUUAAAGUGCCUUUUAUUUCGUCUGUGGUAAAAUUAAAAAGUGUUGUUAUUUUUUUUUAUUGAAAGUGUUCGGUGAAAACUUUUCGAAAAAUCGAAUUUAAAUUCUAUUAGGUAGUGUGAUGCAGCGUGACAAUUGUAGACUUGAGUGAAUACUGUAGGUAAAAUGAGUAGUUAUAGUGAAGUGACUUGCAAUAGUGUUUUCAAAUAAUUAGGCCAUAAAUAUGCACAUACAUUUAUGAUAGACAUGAUAUUAGACUGUAAAAUAAUAACUUAAAAUAAAAUGGACAGACGGAAACUGGCACUCAUUGAAGAAUAUAUACAGUAAACCUAAACUAUGGGUAGGAGUAAGCAAUCCAACUUGUGGACUAAGGUAAUCUGGGUGACUACAAUAGUCAAAUUAGCAGUGUUCGCGACGGCACUCAACGUCACAACUGUUUCACCACCGGAAAUGGACAACUCAUUGGGUGGCUCAUAUGCAUGGAGCUCUUGGGGCAGCUGGAGUUCAUGCUCAAAGACCUGUGGGGGAGGAGUCGCCAUACAGGAGAGGCAAUGCUUACCCAGGUCUAGAAGCGCAAUACCCAAUGGAACAUUACCUCCGCCCAUCAUCACGGUGCGUGUGACACGGCAGACACACCUAAAUGACUGCGCAGGUGUCGCGAGGAGGUACCACGAGUGUAAUACAGCGCCGUGUCCAGAUGGCGAAAAAGAUAUGCGUGCCGAGCAGUGCGCAAUCUACGACCGUAGACCGUUCAGAGGGCGGUUCUACACUUGGACACCAUAUAUUGAUGGAGAUUCGCCUUGCACGUUGAACUGUCGUCCGUUGGGGCAGCAGUUCUACGCGUCGCUGGCGCUGGUCGCUGACGGCACGCCGUGCACAAGACCGGGGUACAGGGCCAUCUGCGUCCAAGGAGAAUGUAAGAUCGUCGGUCGAGAGUCAGUAUUAGCAGCUGCCAGUUCACGGGAGCUAAGAUGUGGAAGGAGAUUGGUGUCGGGCCUAUUCUCCCGGCCGAGACUGCCGCUUGGGUACUCCCUGGUAGCGACGGUGCCGCGAGGCGCGUGCCGUCUCAACGUAUCAGAGAUUAUGCCCAGCGAUAACUAUAUAGCUUUGAAAAUUUCAAAUAGUUCAUACAUAAUGAAUGGGGAGUUCGCCGUGAGCACACCAGGCGCGUAUGACGCAGCAGGAGCUAGAUUCAUAUACACGAGAGCAUCAGGAUUGGACAGUGUGUUUGCACUGGGGCCGAUACAGCACCCCAUCGACAUUAUGAUUUUGUACACUGAACCGAAUCCAAGCCUAAGAUACGAAUACUUCACUGUAGCUCUACCUAAUGAGAUUGAAAUUGAAUCAAAAACUAGAGCGAAUAUUCCUGAUAUUGCACCUACGAUAACCACAAAACAUAUAAGAACGCACUACACUUUCGAUCUACACCCCAGACCUGGACUGACAAAACCACAGUAUCCAGAUUUAAAUAAUAUCCCCAAAGAUGCGAGCAGUGAAGAGGAUUUACAAGAAAAUAUCGUGGGGACAAGAAAAUUCUUGUGGAAGGUCGCCUCUUAUACUCAGUGUACUAGAAGUUGUGGAAGCGGAAUCCAGCUAGGAAAAUAUCGCUGUAUAGAAGUAACCAGUGACGCUGACAAGGAAGUAUCACCGGUGCACUGUCGCGGUCCGACUCCAGUCAGCAGACGUCACAAAUGCAACAACACCCCGUGCCCACCGAGAUGGAGGGCUGCAGCUUGGUCCUUGUGUCCUCAAUGCGGGCCAGCCACUAGGACAAGGAUCGUGGGAUGCGUUCAGGAUCACUAUAGAGGCAUCACAAAGGUGAGCGAUCAAAAAUGUGCUGGACCGAAACCUGCUACGUCUGAACUAUGCAAUGUCCCUGAGUGCAUCGAAGCAGAACACGUGGACUCGCGCGUGAUUCGAACCCGGGAACACACGGACACGUUCCGCGACGGACCCGUGUACACCGUCUCCGUGAACAGUUCUGACUUCGACGUGGGACCAGAGUACACGUUCAGUAAUACGGUCGGAUGGCUGACCACUGAAUGGUCGGAGUGCGUAGGCUGGUGCGUCGGUGGUGGGGUUCAAAGCCGGGGCGUUCGGUGCGCGGACCCCGCGGGUUGCGUUAACAAGGCACCUGAGGUAUUCCGGUCUUGCACUCCGAAGGUCACCUGCGAACCUCACGACGGCAGAUGGUUUACAGGGGAAUGGUCGCCUUGUUCCUCGCCGUGUGGAGGAAAGCAAAUACGAGGUGUCCUAUGCAUCGGUGGCAGCGGACGGCACUUACGCGACACAGCAUGCAAAACACCACGGCCAGUGCAUGAGCAAAAUUGUGGCGAUACUUGCCUUCCGAGCUGGUAUACCAGCGACUGGGAUCAGUGUUCAGGCAACUGUUCGUCAGGCGGUAUUGGUGUCCAACGCCGCUCGGUGGUCUGCGUGAAAUAUAACAAUGAAUCUGCUGAGGAAGCUAACUGCCAAGACCCAAAGCCGACGUCUCAGAGGACCUGCGACCACAAAUGUACAGAGAUCGACGAAUUACCACCAGACAUACCUAUUGAAUCACAUAAAGUGUUCACGACCACACCUACAACUACAACUUUCGUCACCACUACUACCAAACCCUCAUCGAAAGGUUGCAAAGACAAGCUCACAAAUUGCGCCCUAGCCGUCCAAGCGCGCCUGUGCCAUUAUAAUUAUUAUGUAAAGAAUUGCUGCGAUUCAUGUAAUGGAAGAUAAAUUUAUAUGUCACUCACUUCUAAGGUAUUUUUAGUCCCUUUUCGAACAAAUUAAAGUAAUACAGAAAAGCAAUCAUGGGUAGGUACUUUUUUAUGAACAUUGUUAUAUUACCAUUGAAUUAUUUUUUUGACAAUUUGUAACAACCCAUAAAAGUGUCUAGUAUGAUUCGGAAAACUAUAUUAUUAAUGUAAUUUUGUAUCAGGGUCUGUGCUCUUC